AUGGCCGACGUCUUAUUUACGACCAUUGUACAGUUUUGUGUUGAAAUGGCCAAGAAAUCCAUGCAAGUGUUUGAUGCAGAAAUUGUGGAUGCACAAGGACGCCAGAUGUUGCAUGCAUUGCGAUUGAAUUUACAGGAGCGAGGGUAUAGUCUGGAGCAAGGACAGAUCAUUGAACGACAAUUUCAUGUGCGAAUCUGCAAUGAUGAUGUUCAUUCGGACGAAGAUUUGAUUCGGUCGUUGUCACAGAAAAGAAUUCCAAGAGCAGAAGAACUUGUGCGUGCGAUUGACUCGAACGGAUCAGAGAUUGUAGCUCGGAAUCUGACACUACGUGAUGCGCUGACGCUCAUGCAGGCGCUAAAGUGUGAAGGGUGGCACGUGUGUGUCGUGCAGGACACGUUUAUUCAUGAUGAAGAUGUACUGUUGCGUGUGACGCAAUGGGUGAAAACAAUUUGCGCGCUUUCGAAGCAACUACAUGUGCUCUUUUGUGACAAGUUGUUUGCGAGAAAUGACUCGAGUAAAGAGCCGAUCCAGGUCAUGUUUCUCUCAGACCCGUACUUUCGUAAGGAUAUUGUCUUGGAGUUGUAUGAAUUGUAUUUGAAACUACAGGGAGAUAAAGAUCCAAAGCUGCAGUUUUCUAUCGUUUUCCUGAAAGUAUAUAAUCGUAUGAUGGUCAAAUACUUUUGUGGUGUUGGUACGCGUGAAGAAUCACUCUUUCAGUACGGUGUACAAAUUCUUACAACACCCUCUAUUGUGCAUCAUUUGGCAAGCAUGGGUUUGUUAGAUAUGCUCCUGGAUACUAUCAAUACAGCCCUUGAGAUGGCGCGCGCGCCGACGCUAUUGCCACAACAUCAGGAUGUUUACCAAACCCUUGACUGUGAUCAUCCACUGCUCAAAUUUAAGCGGUAUCAUUUUGUGGUUGAAAAUUUGGGCUACGUAUUGGGUAUCCCGGCGAUGUCAAGCUCUCUACUUCUUCGGUCUGAUCUAUUAGAAAAGUGGUUCAAUGCUCUUGCCCAAAUUCAGGGCUUGGAUCCUCAACUACGUAUACAGGAUGGUCGUGCGCACGUGACGUACGAAACCCAGUCAUGGCUCACGGCGUUUGCUUUUCAUGCUAACAUCAGCAAAAUUCUCACGCUCAUUUCGAAAGGCCUUCGCUAUCACGAGGCUGCAGAUACGGAAACGCGCAACCAAGACUGCGAGCGCAUGGUGUGGAAUAUGCUGGAAGGGUUUUGGUGCCAGCUGGAUCGAACCGGUUUGGGUACAACUCGGUUGCAACUGUAUGUUCCGCCGUGUGGUAAGUUGAUGGGGUCGCCUUGUACCGAAAAAAUUGUCAAGUAUGACGUGUCAACAGAGCCAGUAUCUUUUCACAAUCCACUGCACGGUCUGUUGAGCAGCUUUUUGAUCGAGAGUCUCUACUACGGUCCACCAUCAUCUCCUGGUAGUGCAGUUCCAUGGAUUACAGACUGGGCCACACUUCUAGACCGGUCUAUGGCCAAGGUGCUGCAGACUGAGGAGCAGGAGCAAGUUGAUGAUGAUGUGGAACACAAGAAAGCAAUGCUAAUAUAUGGAAUGAUGGAAUAUCCACUGCGCUCCAUGGUGCUCUGUGCACAAAUUAGCUGUGGGCUGUGGAUUCGCAAUGGCCAGAACAUGCAACGCCAAAUGCUCAAUUAUACCAGUCCACCGUGGUGCAGUGAGUUGCGAGAUUUGGACCUCUUUCUUGUACAAGUGAGCGCAGCGGUCGUGGGCUUUCCAAAGUUUCUAACGAUAUUUUUCGAUCGUUUUGGCCUUUCUGAGUGGCUUCUCGCAUGGUCUAAUGUUCGCACUGCAAAUGAUGAAUGUUCCGGUAUCUCGGCUCGUGGUGCUCCUUCCAGUGGCUCGGAAGACGAAAAGCAUGUGUGUUUGUUAGAAGCUGCUCUUUUGCAGCUUAUCUGGAUUGUAACCGAGCUCACGCCGCCAUUAGAUGCGAUCGAACAACGAGACACGGUACUUCGUCGUGAGAUUAUCCAUCGACUAAGCCAACACCCUUGCCGACUAUCAGAAUUGCUCGAUCAGACCACGUUUGUUGCUUCGACACCUUUUGGUGGUAUUUCUGCUCGCCAAGAAAAGCAGCAUUUAGCUCGGCUUGAGCGGAUUUUGGACGAAGUGGCUGACGAGCAGGUCAAGCGUUCUGUUAUGGUUGCUCCUCUUGGUGACGGAGGUCGCGAUGCAGAUAGUAUGGGAGACGGAGCAAUGGAGCCUGUUAAGUACAUUUUGAAGAAGGCGUACUUCAAGGAGUAUGAUCCGUCCUUCUAUCACUUGAGCCGUUCCAGCCACGAGAAGGCACAAUUUGCGCGACAGGAGGCUUUGUUCAAGACGUGGAAGGUUGAGAAUCCACCUAUUCCGCUGGUGGCGGAAGUUCCACUUCCUCAUCUGUCCUUAGGCAUGGUGCGAUUCCUUGUGCUGGAGAAGGGAUUGCUAGGUGUUUUGCGGCUCAUCCUAGAGGAUGCAAAUUGUCACGCUGUUGGCCACUGUGAUGGCAUGAGUUGUACGCCUGGAGUCAAGAAAACUAAUAUGAUGGUCGUUAUGCGUGGUAUUCAUCUGGUUAAUUUGGUAGUGCUUGUAUUGAAAUGCGGUGCUGGCAGUGCCACUUUACCGCACAAAAUUGAAGCUGUCGUGUCUGACGAUAAGAGACGGCAAACGUUAGUAUUGCUGCGCAGCGGCCCAGAUACGUUUGAAGAAGCCGACACAACUUCUCGUGGCAAAAAGCGUGUGAAGCGGCAGUCGAUAUCUCCAGACGAUGGAGAUGUCCAAAUGAAUAGUGAUAGCGAUCAAAGUGAUUUGGGCGAGGUAAACGAUCUGAGUAUAGUUGCAUUGCUUGUGACGCUUUCAAAGGAUAUGGUAAAGCACGAUUUUGAAACUUCGAAAUCAACAAUCUCGGCUAUCUACUGGAUCUUGAACGAGCUGGCUACACUAGACCGCAUCAUUCAUGCCUAUGUUGAGCUCAAGGUUUGGAGUGGAAUGAAAAAGCACGAAGAAUUAGCAACUGAGAAUGGUAUGUCGAAGGCGCAGCUCAAGAAGCUUCACCAACAGCGUGCUAUCGCCGCGAUGAUGGCAUGCCAAAAGGCUUUUGCGCAGUCAAACGCUUUUGCUGAUUUGGAUGAUGACAAUCAGGACGAUGGUGAGUCAGGGGGACCUGGAUCGAGUGGGAAGCUUAGCAUCGAUGCGGACGACCCUCAGUGCGUGAUGCCUGGUCAUACGAUCGUGUAUCGACCACCACCACCGCCAGAUUGUAUUAUCUGCUCUCAGAAAGAGAGAGAUGAGCCAAUCAUGUACAUUGGUCACGCACAAAUGAGUCGAGUCAUUAAGCACACUCAAGAGAAUCUUCUUGGCGAUGUCGAGACUGCCCUGAGUGAUGAAAACAAGACAUGUGGCAGCAGUGGGACUACAACAUCUCUUGCCCCGGAUUUCCCGCCCCAAAUUCAUUUAUCACUAUGUGGUCACGCCGUGCAUCUGCAUUGUUGGCAGAAAUACUUCGAGUCGGUAAAGACACAGUCUCGAUUUAAUCUCGAGCACAGUCAAACGAACAUCGCAUUUGAUGCGCACUUUGGUGAAUUCCUCUGCCCACUUUGUCAAGCGCUCAGUUCCAUGCUCGUACCAUGCUUUCCAGUUUGCCCACCUAUGACGUUAGUAGAACAGCAGCACGAUCGUGACGCUAUGGAACGAGUAUUUCAGUCUAAGCAAGAUACAUCCAUUAUUCUGUCGUGGCUGUCAGAGGGGCUACCAAGUCGACUAGAAUUUCUUGCAUCAUCUGAAGACGAAAGUAUGAGUGAUGAUGAUGCAGACGAAAGGACCCGGAUGCAGCGGCAGGAUGACAUUCGUGCUAUGAACCAAUUUGCUUUGUCAUUUCUCGAAACAAUGCUGCGCUUUCAACCAGAAUUGACGCAUCUGGGAACUGCAUUGAGUUCUCUCAAGAAAGGAUUCUUCUCAACGGGACCGCAGUUGACGCACUUGAUUUGGUCUUCAGUAGCUUCUACAAUAACAAGCACUCAAGUAAGCGGCAUAUCUUCUGCAAUUUACUCGCUCGAAAUGCAUGCAUCGUCGUCGAAGAACGGACACAAUGGAGUUAGUUGGCGAUCAAAUUCCGCUACUCGAAAAACGAGUACAGGUGCCAGUCCUGUAGCGCCUGCUUCUUCGUUUUCUUCGUUGCGGAUCACGAACAUCUUGAAUCCAGCUGUGCCAUGUCUGAAAACACGUCUAGCAGUGUCAUUACCCGAAGCGCUGGACCCACAGCUAGAUCAGUGUACACCGAAGGAUGACAGCAAGCUGAAUAUAUUGCUUCGUUCACUGCGCCGCGUUCCGUUGCUAUUCACUAAGCAUCGUGGAGAAUUUUACAAAAGUAUGUGCUUUCCUAUCGCACAAAAUCUUCGACUUGCGCUUUCGCCGGACCAGUGGUCACAAGCGCUACCACGAGGACCACCGCUGCAGCUAGGCUUGCCCAUUCUGUGUCAGGAUUUGUUCUACCUCAGUGUAGCAAUUUGCAGCAGCAUGUUGACGACGAAGGCUGAUAUCUUGCUUACGAUUCGUUCUCUCUGCGUCUUGCACAUGGCUCAAGUGCUCAUUCAGAUAGCACAAAUGGAAGCUGAAGAUGAGGACAAUUGCCUUGAAGAAAAAGAGAACGAAACAGAAGGACGAUGUGCUGCCGUGACCAACGGCUCAUUCCCAGAGCAACAGGAAGAUAUGCAACGUGGGCUGGAGUCGCUCAUGGUACGUCUUGCACAAGAGGCUGGUGUGGAUUUUGUUUGGAAAGAGCAAGAGGGAGCAGGAGGUAGUACCAUUGAUCUUCCUCACCGACGUCCAGCUCCACAUGGCCGACAGCUCGAGCUUCUUUUCAAGUCAUCGUGCUUGGCAUUUAUGCGGCAGGUGACACUGUUGUGCCGUGCUUUUUUUCGAGGCGAACACGACCCUGAUGCAUCGUGGAGUGCUAACUUUGUGAGUUCUCUUCGUCUUAGUACAAAUUACCACGCCAUGUGCCAACAAAUUGGUUUACCAACAAUUAGUCAGUUGUUGACGGAUGAAGCUCUGGUGGAAUAUCUCGUACGUGCUGCACGUGAACUUCGUGUUCGUCCGACAAGUGCUGCACUUGAUGAAGCAUUACUUCUUGGUUACAAGCAGCACGGUCACGCUGAGCCACUUCUUGCAAAGCUUGAGUCUCUCAUCUCAAGUCAAGAGGAGACGGAUGAAAAACCUCGAUCGGAACGUGGAAAUCUCAUUGCUCGCAGUAAUUUACAACAAGUUCCACGUCUUCCACUACGUGUGGAACCAGAUGCCGCACAAGAAGACAAGAAGAGGUUGUUUCAUGUUGCGAAUGUUCGACUUGUGAAAUUAGCGUCUUCCUACACGGAUUUACAUGCUCAAGUAUUGGGGAAAAGCAAAUGUAAAGAGACGUGGAAGAGUGUCGAGAAUCCAGCAAUUUGUCUCGUAUGUGAACAAGUCUUGUGUGCUGGAACUGAAUGUUGUCGACGACGUGAAGAUGGAAUGGGUGCGUGUACGUCUCAUGCGCUGACGUGUGGUGCUGGAGUUGGUUUAUUCUUUCUCAUUCGAUCCUCAUCUGUUCUAUUGAUUUUUGGGCCACGAAGUUCGUACUUUGGGUCACCGUAUCUCGAUAUGUUUGGUGAAGAAGAUAUUAACGUACGUCGUGGAAGACCAUUGUACUUAAAUAUGAAACGGAUGAAAGCAUUGCAAGCAUUAUAUGCAAAUCAUCAAGUGGCGAAUGAAGUUGCACGGAAUCGACGUACUUCGGACCAAUAUAUUCGUAAUAAUUAUUACUAA